AUUUAGUGUUCUGUGCUUCUUACAUUGAAAUAGGUCUAUGGUUCUAAGCUAACCCUUCGUUAAUCUAUAUGUAUCUAUGAUCUAACCUGAAUUUAUAAAAAAUAAAUAUUAUCAUUUGAAUUGUUUUAAAAUGAACGAAUUUCUAAAGUUGAAAUGGAACCCAACCACUGAUAAAUCCUAUUUGGAGAAACAAGUCUGCACCUUUGUUUCAGAUGAAUAUUUAUUGAACUCUUAUGUAUACCAAAAUAUUGAAAAACGCUUACCCAAACCUCAACUUGUACACCAACUAGAUAAUGAAGUGAAUUUCGUACCUGGUGGAAAAUAUAUUCCUCAUUUUUCAAGAAAAUCUUCAUUGAGUAAGGUGCAGCAAGAACAAUGUCUCAAUGCAAUGAAAGUAUUAAUGCUUAAUAAACCGUCAUAUCAACUGAAACAAUCCGAGUCUUUCAAUAUAGAUGUUUAUAAUAGUUUAAAUCUCAAGAUUGCCAUGGAACAUAAUUUAUACAAUGAAUUCGUGAAAAAUUCUUGGGAAUAUGACAAGAAGAAAAUUGCCGGAUUGCAGAAUAAUCUAUAUCGAUAUGCCUCAUUCUUAAUUCAAAAAAAAGUCAAGAGAUAUUUGGAAUAUAAACAAUAUUUCAAAGAACAAGAAUUAAUAAAUAUGAAUUAUAAUGAAGAUGAUACAGCUACAAUUGAAGUCAAUUGCAUUCAAAAUGUAUUAGAAUUGGGAACUCUUGCCAGAUUCUCACAUCCCAGCUUAAAAUUUGAAUGUCGAUUGAGGGCACAAACCUUACCUGAAAUAGAACCUGUUAAAUAUAACUCUAAACUUACAGUUAGCAAAGAUGCAAACAUAAGAGAAUUACUGAAGAAUAAUGAUUUCGACGUUGUGAUAUCAUCUAGUGGUCUGAAAAGAUUAUUAGAUAAUACAGAUUUAAGGGAGAAAUGGACAAUACCUGUGAUAGUUGAAAUAAUUAAUGUUCAGCGAGGAAAAGAAAUAUUUAAAAAAAAAGUUGUUUUCAUCGAUAAACCCCUUGCUGAAGAUCAUCCAGAUCCCCUGGAUUUGAAAUACUGUAGUAUGAAGAGAUUGGUGAGAACAAAUUUUUGUCGUUAUGAAGCAUUCAAAUAUGAAAAUCAAGAAAAUUGUCUUCAAGAUGAAACGAUUGAACAAGCUAAUGCUGAAGAAUCUGUAGAGAACCAUGAAGAAGAAUGGAAAGGAAAAAAGAAAAAGGGGAAAGAUAAUAUUAUUCAUCAUAAUGUCAGUUAUCGUUUGUGGAAAGUGAAGAAAAAUGUAAAUCACAAUGCACUAUUGAAAAAUCAAGGAAAGAAUACUGAACUCAAGUUAUUGAUAAGAUCAAAACUUGAUGGAUGUGAGAUUAUGCCAUCCGGACCCCUACAACCCGUUAUUGUUAAACCCAAAGUUGAAUAUCAAUUGCAAUAUGGAGCAAACGUUCCCACAAAGAGUGAACUAUCCAGGGAGUGGUGUUCGUUAUUUUUCAGGCCGUUUUCGAAUUUAUAUAGAGUUAGAAUGCACUGGAAUACAGCAGAAGUAGUGAAUAUUGAAAAAUGUUCUAUUCAAAAGGUGGCCGCUGAUGCUAAUCAUCUUUAUCAGUAUAAACCUUAUUUGGGAUUAGGAAUAUUGAAUGAUGUCCUUACAAAAUUAGUGCAAUUGGAUGAAGGAAAUUAUUUGUUAACUCAUCUUCCAAAGCAUGGAUCAUUUGCUUCAUUACUGAAGGAAUGUGACAGUUCUUCCAAGUGCUUAGAUUUGCAUAGUGAAUAUAAAGAGUGGGAAAUGAGUAAUGUGAUAAAAAAAAAUUGGGUUCCAAUAGAUCUCAAUUACAUUUUACCUAUACAUGAAUCACAAAUGCGGCUACCUGGAUGUUUCCUGCCACCUCUUCAGAAAGGUAGAAAUGCGAAGUUCAAGAAUAAAAAGGUAGAUCUGAAGAAAACCAAGUCCGUUUAGAUGCACUAUUCAAUUUUUAUUUUCCAAAAGCCAAUUUCUCUAGGAUAUAAUAAUUAAUUAAGGUAGAAUUGAUGCUUAUUAUUUUUUUGUAUUUGGGAAUGAAUAAACAUUAUUAUUAUUAUA